GACGCAGAAAAGUAGCGUACCCCUUUGUUUUUAUUUACAAAAUAUUCUAAAAUUAAUUAAAAUACACAAAAACUAUGGCUUGCAUAGCCUGUGAGGAAGUUCCAAAGCGUAUAAAUAACAUCUACAGAGAUGAUGAACUAAAGGAAAAGUUUGAGAACAUUACAGGAAUAGCAAUUUAUCAAAAUCUUUUCCUUUGCGAUCCUUGUUCCUUCAUAUUAAAUCAGUCAUACGCAUUCAAAGAGAAAUGUAUAGAAGUAUAUGAGCGUGAUUUAAUAAAGUAUGAGCCAUGUCAAAGUACAGUAAUGAAAACAGAAAUUUACGAUGAACAUCCAGAAAUUGAAGAAGAAUACUUAAAUUCAUCAAUAAACGACAGUCAAGUGAUACAGGAAGAGCAUUUAGAUGAAGAGGAAAAUGAGGAAACUAUAAUUAUUGAUCCAUUACUUGAUGCUGCUGAAAACAGUUCAAAACCAAGAGUUCGACUAAGGUACACACUAAAAGAGAAGCUUAAAGCUAUAGAUUUAGCUGAACGUACAACCAAUAGACAAGCUGCAAAAGUAUUGACCAUAGAUGAGUCUUGUAUAAGAAAGUGGAGACAACAAAAGGAACAAAUCAGGAAUAAUGGAAAUCAAGAAGCAUGCAAAAUCACUAAAAAGUCUUUAAAUAUCCAUCAAGAAUCUCAGGAAAUGGAUUGUGACACAGAAAUAGAAUGUGAGAUACAGACAGAAGUUGUCGACGAGACUAUGGUUGAACUAAAGCCUGUAAAAGAAGUCAGAACUCGAAAAUCAUACUCAAGUGGUGAGAAACUUGAAGUUGUAGCUUUUGCGGAAGUGACUGGAAAUCGACAAGCUGCAAAAAUAUUCAAAAUAGACGAAUCAUGCAUACGAAAGUGGAGAAAUCAAAAGGAACUGUUAAUAGAAAUUAAUCAGGAACGAGGAACAAGACGGAAGCCAAAUUUGAGAUUCCCAGACGUAGAAAGUCGUCUAAAAGCCUUUGUCUUGCAGAAAUUAAAUGAAGGAAUUGUAUUAAAGCCUAGCGAAAUUAAAGCUGAAUCAAUAAGGAUAGCAGAGGAGCUGAAUAUUACGAAUUUUAAGGGAACUUCAUCCUACAUUUUUAAAUUUAUGGAGAGAUAUCAUUUUCCAAGCAGCAGUAGAGGCAAAGGAACUAAAUCCGCCAAGAAAAUAAUCCACGAUGAGUCUGUAGACAUAACUGUCGUCGAUAUUCUUUAGAAAUUAAGGAACAAAUAAAAAUUACCUUAGCAAAAAUUUUAUUUCUACC